AAUAUAUAAUAUUUAUAAUCUCUGAGAAACUGUAAGUGUAUACUGUGUAUACUCUGUGGCAGGGUGAGAGGCGGGAACCCAGAAAAGUUGCUGACAGUAGUUACUGAGUAGUUGUCUCAACUUGUUGACAGUAAUUGUAGAGGAAAUCGGUUUUUGUGAGUUUUGAUGUUUGUGAGUUUAUUGUUUUGAUUUUAAAAUGACAGUAGAUAAGGACGGAGAUAAACAGCAAAGGCAGAAUUUACCAUGGGUUGAAAAGUAUCGACCUAAUAAGCUAGAAGAUCUUAUUUCACAUGAAGACAUUAUCAAAACUAUUAACAGAUUUAUUAAAGAAGACCAACUUCCUCACUUGCUCUUCUAUGGACCUCCUGGUACAGGAAAAACUAGUACUAUUCUAGCAUGUGCCAAGCAGCUGUACCAGCCAAAACAAUUUGGAUCAAUGGUAUUGGAGUUAAAUGCAUCAGAUGAUCGAGUUAUUGAGAAAUUUACAGAAAAUGUGCGAUUUUGUAUUAUUUGCAAUUAUCUUAGUAAAAUAAUUCCUGCCUUGCAAUCAAGAUGCACUCGAUUUCGAUUUGGACCUCUAGCUCCAGAACAAAUAUUGCCAAGGCUAGAGUAUGUUGUAAAGGAAGAAAAUGUAUCCAUUACAGAAGAUGGUAAGAAAGCACUUCUUGCACUCUCAGGUGGAGAUAUGAGGAAAGUUUUGAACAUUCUGCAAAGCACAGCUAUGGCCUACAAGGAAGUGACUGAAGACAAUGUUUAUACGUGUGUUGGACAUCCCCUGAGAAAUGAUAUAGCUAAUAUUGUUAUGUGGCUGUUGAAUGAUGAGUUCACUACAACUUACUCAAAAAUUCAAGAACUUAAGUCUGCAAAAGGUUUAGCUCUUUCUGAUAUUUUGACAGAAGUUCAUGGUUAUGUGCAUAAAAUUGAACUUCCACCCCUUGCAGCUGUAACUCUUUUGAUUAAAAUGGCUGAUAUAGAGCACCGCCUUGCAUCUGGAACAGAUGAGAAUAUUCAGUUGAGUUCACUGAUAUCUGCAUUUCACAUAGCUCGUGAUUUAGUUCCUAUUAAUUCUGAGCAAUCAUUCUGAAUAUGAUUUGAAUAUUUUCGGAGUGUGUGUUUGUAAAAAAAAAGUGACAAACUGGAAAUAAAGUACAUGAAUGCAAGUAAUA